AUGUACACCUGCUGGGCCUGCAGCAGCAGAGCAGCAGCAGCAGCAGGAGGCCCCUGCGAGUCCUGCGAGCUUCUCCUUGCUGCUCUCACGCAGCAGCAGCAGCAGCAGCUGCAGCAGCAGCAGCAGCAGCAGCAGCAGCAGCAGCAGCAGCAGCAGCAUGAGUUUGCAGAUUUGACUUUAGAAAGUCUGGGAUCGUUCGAUCCCCCGCUGCUGCAGCAGCCGCACCUGGUGUACGUACACCCCAGCGGCGAGCAGGGGCCCCUCUUUAUCCUUUCAGACUCUUCAGAAGAUGAAGCAGCAGCAGCAGCAGCAGCAGCAGCAGCAGCAGCAGCAGCAGGAUCCGACGCAGAAGCAGCUGCUGAGGACGCAGCCGGCGGCGCGGCUGCCCCGAGAGCAGCAGCAGCAGCAGCAGCAACAGCAGCAGCAGCAGCAGCAGCAGCAGCAGCAGCAGCUCGCACGCGCCGCAGCACGCAGCAAGUCUAUGAAAGAGUUUCUCCUUCUCGGGCUGUUCGCUACAGACUUUUCAAGUUGGCGCUGCUGCUGCAGCAGCAGCCUGCUGCUGCUGCUGCUGGCUGUUCUGCUGCUCUUUCUCGAUCGCUUGCUGCAGCAGGCCUGGAGCUGCCUGCUGCUGUUGCUGCUGCUGCUGCCGCGGGAGACGCAGACGCAGCAGCAGCAGCAGCAGCAGCAGCAGCAGCAGCAGGAGUCACGGCCCUCUACGGCUCCGGAGCUAAUGCAGCAGCAGCAGCAAAAGUCACUGCAGUGCUGCUGCGUGCUGUUGGACCUGGGGCUCAAGUGCAAGGGGAUUUGCUGCUGCUGCUGCUGCUGCUGCAUGCGCGGCUGUCUGCCUCGGGCAGGCAGCUGCAGGUCCUGCUGCAGCAGCAGCAGGAUCGGCAGCAGCAGCAGCAGCAGCUGCUGCAGCAGCAGCGUGAGACGCGGAGGCGGAGACGCAAGCAACUACAGCAGCAGCAGCAGCAGCAGCAGCAGCAGCAGGUGUGGGGUGCAUGCACAGCUGAGGCUGCAGCAAGCAGCGAGAGCGAGUCGCCCAGCAGCAGCAGGACCAGCAGCUGCUGCAGCUGCAGCAGCGGCAGCUGCUGCUGCAGCAGCAGCAGCAGCGAAGAGAGCGACAGCAGUCGGAGCAGCCACAGCAGCAAGAGCAGCAAGAGCAGCAACAGCAGCAACAGCAGCCGCAGCAGCAACAGCAGCAACAGCAGCCGCAGCAGCAACAGCAGCAACAGCAGCAGCAACAGCCACCGCGCCAGGCAGCAGCUGCAGCAGUGGUCACGAGCAGCAGCAAAGACACAGGCAGCACUUACAGCAGCUGUUUAUAAGGCCCUCGAUGCUGCUGCUGCUGCCACGCCUAGCGCCAGAGGCAGGCUGCUGCUGCAGCUAACAGAUUUGCUGCUGCGAGAAGGAAAAGCAGCAGCAGCAGAAGAAGAAGCAGCAAAGAAAAUAGGACUGUGGCGCAUGCAGGCGGACCCGCUGGUUGCUGCUGCUGCUGCUGCUGCUAGAUGUGCGCGAGCAGCAGAAGAAAUCCUCACAGACCUGCAGCAGCAGCAGCAGCAGCAGCAGCAGCAGCAGCAGCAGCAGCAGCGGCGGCGGGCGUCCACAGGGACAAGCUCGACGGGUGCAGCAGCAGCAGCAGCAGCAGCAGCAGCAGCAGACCCUAAUGAAGAUGAAACCGAAGACGCUUUGCUGCGUCUUGUGCAGCAUGGGCUGUUUCCGCCGCCGCUGCUUCUGCAAUUUUAUUUGCUGCUCAACCGUAAGAAGGUAGCAGCCGCAACAACAAAGUCAGCACCAGCAAGAACAGCAGCAGCAGAAGCAGCAACAGUAGCAGCAGCAGCCGCAAAAAUAGCAGCAGCAACAGCAGCAGCAGCAGCAGCAGCAGCAGCAGCAGCAGCAGCAGCAGCUGUGGUGUCUGUACAGCUGCAAGAGUGUUUGGGAUUAAUAAAUUCUUUCUGUCGGCGAUUUCCUUCAAAUCCAACUUUUGCUGAAAUGAGGUUCCUCAUAUUGCAAGUAAAUGCUGCUGCUGCUGCUGCUGCUGCUGCUGCUGCUGCUGCUGCUGCUGGUCUCGCUUCCGGCGUUGUGGCUGCUGCUGCUGGUCGUUUUGCUGCUGGUGUUGUGGCUGCUGCUUCCAGUAGUGUUGCUGGUGGUGUUGUGGCUGCUGCUGCUGCUGCUGCUGCUGCUGCUGGUGUUGCUGCUAGAGCUGGUGCCGCUGCUGCUGCUGCUGUUGCUGCUGAGGCUGGUGUUGCUGCUGCUGCUGCUGUUGCUGCUGAGGCUGGUGUUGCUGCUGCUGCUAGUGCUGCUGUUGGUACUUCGUAUGCUGCUGCUGUUGCUGCUGUUGUUGUUGCUGCUGCUGCUGCUGCAGCUUUCACAAGCGCUGCUGUUGCCCUUGCCGCCGCUGUCCUUGCUGCUGCUGCUGUUGCUGCUGUUGCUGCUGCUGCUGCUGCUGCUGAUGCUUUUACUGGUUGUCUCUCUAUUCUUGUCGCUGCUGUGAGCAGCAAAAGCUGCUGCUGCUGCGGCAGCAGCAGCAGCAGAAGGAAAGGGCUAGAAGGAAGCAGCAGCAGCAACAGCAGCAGCAACAGCAGCAGCAGCAGCAGCAGCAAGGCAUCUUGCAGGCCUACUUAG